CAACGGCUGGCGCUAGCUCCGCGGGCUGUCAGUCAGCAGCAUCGUCUUCGUCCACCAUGAAGAAAUGCGUGUUUUUAAUGGCGUCGUGACACUAACUCGAGUCGCAUACUGUAGUAACGUUACGCGUUUCAGACUGUGCACUGACUCCGGAUGAGCCUGCCACGUGUUCAUGAGAGCCCGGUGCGAGCUACGUUAGCUAACUAGUUAGCUCCAGCAAGCUAACAACAACAUCCGUCUCGGUUGUGAUGGACGAGGAUUUGUUGCUCGCUAUUCGGCUUCAGGAGCAGUUCGACAAUGAAUACGAAACACCGUCCUAUCCGUCCGACAGCUUCAGUGAUCACGGCUUCGGACACAGUAGUAAGAAACGAAAAGUGGAGCGAGCUGGAGGAGCCAGCGACGCCGUCCCUUACUGGAAGCCGACCGCCGAGCCCGACAGGCCGCUGUCCGUCGUGGACGCGUCCUGGGAGACGCUGGACCCGAGCCCCGAUGUCCGAGCGAUGUUUCUGGAGUUCAACGACGUAUUCUUCUCUGGGAAACUCCUCGGUGUGGAGGUCAAGUGGAGCCCGAGAAUGACUCUGUGUGCUGGUGUGUGCUCCUAUGAGGGCCGAGGUGGUCUGUGUUCAAUCCGACUCAGUGAGCCCCUGCUGAAGCUCCGGCCGAGAAAAGACCUGGUCCAGACCCUCCUUCAUGAAAUGAUUCACGCGCUGCUGUUUGUGACCCAGAACAACCGAGACCGAGACGGCCACGGCCCCGAGUUCUGCAAACACAUGAACCGGAUCAACGAUGCCAGUGGGACAAAGAUUUCUGUCUACCACAGUUUCCUCGAUGAGGUCGACGUGUACCGGCAACACUGGUGGAAAUGCGACGGCCCCUGUCAAAACCGCAAGCCCUACAUGGGGUUUGUGAAGAGGGCCAUGAACCGGGCUCCGUCUGCUCAGGAUCCCUGGUGGGCGGACCACCAGAGGACGUGCGGAGGGAACUACACCAAGGUCAAAGAGCCCGAAGGAUACGGCAAGAAGGGCAAGAAGGACGGUAAAAAGAAUGGGAAGACCUCCGAGAAGAAGUCCUCGGAAAAAGAAAAGCCGCCAAGUGCAACCGCAGGCUCUGGAUCACAGGACGUCAGGAACACGAUUCCAUUUAGUGGCAAAGGCUUCCUGCUCGGAGGGAAGUCCCAGCCGCCCACUCCUUCCUCCCCAUCGCGAACACCGGCGGUACCUCCUCCUCCGAAGAGACUCUUCGCCCCUCCGUCUCCGGCUAAAAGUCUCGGUUCUCCUGUUCGCUCCGGUCUCAAUGGCAAAGGACUCUCUGGGACCUCCGCGGGGCUGAAGCGCCCCGUGAAGAGGUCCGUCGCUAACAUUAGAGCUUUUGUCAACAUCAAUGGCUCGCCGGUGAGAAUCCCCAAACCCCACAGCGGCGGCCGAGGAGCAGAUCCACUCAAACAGAAGUCCAUCGGGGAGCUCUUCAUCAGCCAAAGCAUCGGGAGGCCAGCGGGCCAAUCCUCCUCCUCCUCCUCCUCAAACACGGACACCCAGAAGGAGUCUUUGACCUCGCCGAACAGUCAUGCUUCCUCCGUCUUCCCCAAACAGCGAGAUAACUCUUCAGCUUCCGCUCCCACAGCAUGGAAGCCCGGUCCGAGUCAAUCCAGCCGCUCCGUGGUCUCAGCUAAACCCAUCGGCGGCCCCGCUAAACCGGCAAAGGCAAAGUGUUUUAGCCAUUCCAAUAGUGACGGCACAUCGGGUCAGGCGUCGAGGAAGAGGCCGUGGGACGACCACAGGAGCUCCGCCAGCAUCGCCGACUUCUUCCAGAAGACGUCGGGCAGCGAUUCCGCCGCAUCGAGCGAGUCCACGACGACCAAGUCGCCCGCAACGCAGCAAAGAGCAGCCGCGGCCUCCUCGUCCUCGUCUUCCUCCUCCCCCAGUUCCUCUGCAGGGCUUCCUGGUUUCACCCGCCCGUCGUCUUCCUCUCCUUCCUCGUCCGCGCCGACGGUCACCUGUCCAGUGUGCCAAGCCGAAGUGCAGGAGUCAAAGAUCAACGGGCAUCUGGACUCCUGCCUGUCCUGAGCGAGGAGGAGACGGCGAGGAGGAGACGGCGAGGAGGAGACGGCGAGGAGGAGGCGGCGAGGAGGGCUACCAGCGCUAGAAACGUCCCAAGAGGUUUCAGGGAGCUCUCAGGGUUUUAUCUCCUUUUGACUUUCUCAACUCAACUUUGAGACGUUGGAUGUUCAGUGAAAUGGUUUUUACUUCCGUUAUGAGCCGUUGUGGUUCCACACAGAUUUUACUCCCACGCCGCAAGAUUUUUUUUUUCUUUGUAGUUCUUCUGUCACGUCGGUCUGACAGUUUGGGCCUGAGCGUUCCAACAGCAACACGUUUUCUUAACGGAUGAGGCGAGUGACGGGAUUUUAGUCGUGAACUGAUGGCGUCCAUUACAUCAGGCAAAACGAAACGUGUGUGUGUCACAGAAUGGCUCGUUUUUACGAUGUUGAAUAGUUCACAUUUUCAUAUUGAUCUUCUUUACAUAGAAGCUAUUAAAAGUGUGUGUGUGUGUGUGUGUGUGUGUGUGUGUGUGUGUGUGUGUGUGUGUGUGUGUGUGUGUGUGUGUGUGUGUGUGUGUGUGUGUGUGUGUGUGUGUGUGUGUGUGUGUGUGUGUGUGUGUGUGUGUGUGUGUGUGUGUGUGUGUGUGGCAGGAGACGCUGAAAGACCUCUAUGGAUCUCUGGGAAUCAGGUUUCAAGCUCGCCAGCUAUUUUCUGCACGCGGUGGCGGUCCCAUGGCGAGGUCGGGCCGCACACGGGCGUCUGACUGCUGAGUCGUUCUUUUACACCCGAGCAUGGAGACGUGCUUCUGUCGACUCUAUAUUCAAUUUUUAGGGAAAGGAAUAAAGUUUUAAAAAAUGCUAAUUUUACUCAUCCAACAUUUUGGAAUGUUAUCUGUAUGUUCCACAUGUUUAUGGUUUUAAGGAAAUUGUUAAGUAUGUUUAAAUUUCGUUGCCAAAUUAAAUAUGUACACUGAGUUUUCUAAAUGGAGCAUAAUUCAUCCUGGUGACUAACAAAUGUUGAAUGACAUCUAUUAAAGUGAUAAAUGACCACA